AUGGCCAUUGACCGCAUGAAACGCCUUCCUUCAAAUGAUCCACGAAAUUUUAUGCAACAAGCUAAUAUUCGUUGUUCUUAUUGUAAAGGCGCUUAUCACCAACCAGGCCAGGGAGAGUUCGAUCUUCAAGUUCACAAUUCUUGGCUUUUCUUUCCUUGCCACGGGUGGUACCUGUAUUUCUAUGAACGAAUUCUUGGGAAACUGAUUGGAGACCCACUUUUGCUUUAUCAUUCUGGAAUUGGACCAAACCUAAGGUCAGUGGCUAAUAAUCUUUCUAUAAUUUACAGUGAAAUGAUUCGUGGUAGCUAUUCAGUAGAGAGCUUCAUGGGAGAUCCUUAUAGGGCAAGAGCUGACAAACCUAAGGGUCCUGGCUUAUGUGAGCGUGGUUCCCAUACUGCAGUGCACCUUUGGGUAAGAGAUCCACAACAACCCGCUUUUGAGGAUUUGGGUAAUUUUUACUCUGCUGGGAGAGACCCACUUUUCUAUUGCCAUCACGCAAUUGUUGAUCGAAUGUGGACAUUAUGGCGGCCACCUGCUCAGGCUGCUAGGGGCAAGGUAUUUAAAGCUUCUAGUCCUGAUCCUCCAAACGUAGACUCUGUAUUCCUAGUUGUCAUUGACAUGAUUAUACGAGUUGUGGUUCCCAAAACAAAGAAAGGCAAAACUGAAGAACUGCUGGCGCUGGAAAACAUGGAAGUUGACACUACUAAAUUACUUAAGGUCAAUGUGUUUGAGAAUGAUAAAGAUAAUAAUAUGGAUCACCUGGGCAAGGCUUCUUAUGUAGAGGACAUGGAAGUUGAGGACGAUGAUACAAUUCUGGUGACACUUAUGCCAAGGCAUCAAGGCACCGGUAUCAAGAUCAUUGAAGCUCCUCCAUGUAAAUCAAGUUGA